UUGCUCGGGGAGCUGCUUGGCAACCUUCGCUAAGCUGCAAAGAAGAAGGGUUGUUGCGGUUGGUUGGAUAACAUAGCAUCGUGCUAGCUGCAGAGUGAGAGUUGGGUAAAAACAACUGCUCCUAAUAUCGGUCUUUUGGAAAACUUCAGCUAUGACUCAUUUUCUGUUAUGUUAAUAACCGUGUUCACCGACAGUAGACACCAUGUCGGCACUUUUAUUACUGAACAGUGCUGGAGUCUGCAGAAAAUACAGCAAAUGUGUAAUAUGGACGCUAUCAAGGCGAAACUAUCAAGUUUUAACAAACAAAGUGAUAUCCAUUGAAGGCGCUGGUAAUGUACUGUCCAGGUGUGCUAAUGUCAGGAAGACGCUGCAUUUUCCAAGAUCAGAGCGGACUCUCACAGGUCAGCCUCAGGAGAAACUCAUCCAGAGUAUUCUCCACAAACCUUUGAGUCCUGACAUGGUUGGACUCAGCAGAGCAUUAAUCAGAAGCAACCUAUUAAGGAAUCCAGUUGGUUUAUUAAAUUUAUUAGCGUCAACUAACUUUUUCAGUACGUCUAAAGCCAAACAACAGAAAAAUAAAAGUUCUGGGCCAAAUGGAAAAACUCCUCAGGAAGAUGAAGAGGAGAAGAAGCGGCGUGAGCAGGAGGAUCAGAUGUACCGUGAGCGCCUGCGGACGCUCUUCAUUAUCGCACUCAUCAUGAGCCUGCUUAACUCUAUUAAUACCAGUGGUGGCAACAUCUCCUGGAAUGACUUUGUCAACGAGAUGUUGGCCAAGGGUGAGGUGUCCCGAGUGCAGGUCGUUCCUGAGAGUGACAUUGUAGAAAUCUACCUUCAUCCUGGGGCUGUUAUCUUCGGGAGACCUAGGCUGGCACUCAUGUACAGAAUGCAGGUUGCAAACAUUGAUAAGUUUGAGGAGAAGCUGCGAGCAGCAGAGGAGGAACUAAAUAUCGACACUAAGGACAGGAUACCAGUGACAUACAAGCGAACUGGAUUCUUUGGAAAUGCAGUCUAUGCUCUGGGAAUGGCUGCUAUAGGUGUGGCUAUUCUCUGGUAUAUCUUCCGACUUGCAGGCAUGGGCAGCAGAGAAGGCGGCUUCAGUGCUUUUAAUCAGCUGAAGAUGGCCAAGUUCACUGUUGUUGAUGGAAAAUCUGGGAAAGGAGUGAGUUUCAAAGAUGUAGCUGGCAUGCAUGAGGCUAAGAUGGAGGUAAUGGAAUUUGUUGACUACCUCAAGAGUCCAGAAAGAUACCUGCAGCUGGGAGCCAAGGUUCCUAAGGGAGCGUUACUGCUCGGGCCCCCAGGAUGCGGCAAGACCCUGCUGGCCAAAGCUGUAGCAACAGAGGCCCAAGUGCCCUUUCUGGCUAUGGCUGGCUCUGAGUUUGUGGAGGUCAUUGGAGGUCUUGGCGCUGCCAGGGUCAGGAGCCUGUUUAAAGAGGCCCGUGCUCGGGCGCCUUGCAUCGUCUACAUAGAUGAGAUUGACGCUGUGGGGAAGAAGCGCUCCACCAAUAUGUCAGGUUUCUCCAACACGGAGGAGGAGCAGACUCUCAACCAGCUCCUGGUGGAGAUGGAUGGAAUGGGAACAACAGACCAUGUCAUCGUUCUGGCCUCCACUAACAGAGCAGACAUUUUGGAUAAUGCUCUUAUGAGGCCAGGCCGGCUGGACAGGCACAUCUUCAUAGAUCUACCUACACUGCAGGAAAGGAAGGAGAUCUAUGAACAACAUCUAAAGAUCUUGAAGUUGACCCAACCAGCUAAUUUCUACUCUCUGCGGCUGGCUGAGCUCACCCCAGGCUUCAGUGGUGCAGACAUUGCAAACAUCUGCAACGAAGCUGCACUGCACGCUGCCAGAGAGGGGUUCAAGUCCAUCGAUACUUUUAACUUUGAGUAUGCUGUGGAAAGAGUGAUAGCAGGGAGCGUAAAGAAAAGCAAGAUUCUGUCUAAAGAAGAGCAGAGGGUGGUUGCUUUCCACGAGUCCGGACACGUCUUAGUAGGAUGGCUGCUGGAGCACACUGAGGCAGUGAUGAAGGUCUCCAUUGCUCCGCGAACGAAUGCCGCCCUGGGUUUCACUCAGAUCUUGCCCCGCGACCAGUACCUGUUCACCAAGGACCAGCUGUUCCAGCGCAUGUGCAUGGCUCUGGGAGGAAGAGCGGCCGAGGCCAUCACUUUUAACAAGGUUACCACAGGAGCUCAGGAUGACUUGAGGAAGGUGACACGUGUGGCUUACGCUAUGGUGAAGCAGUACGGUAUGUGCGACAGUGUGGGGCAGGUGUCGUUCCCUGAGACAGAGGAGCAAGGUGGCGCCGGGCGCCGUCCAUUCAGCCAGGCCCUGCAGCAACAGAUGGAUCAUGAGGCUAAGAUGCUGAUAGCUCGCGCUUACAGACACACAGAGAAACUGCUGCUGGACAACAGGGACAAACUGAUCCUGUUGGCCAACGCUCUGUCAGAGCGUGAGGUGGUGAACUAUGACGACAUCGAAGCCUUGCUGGGCCCACCGCCGUUUGGGCCGAAGAAGAUCAUCCUCCCACAGAGCUGGGUGGAGGCAGAGAGGGACAAGCAAGACACAGAAGAGAAUGAACCUCAACCUCCUCCUCGCAAACAUAGAGAGGACGACGUUGAUCCACAGAGCUGGUGGAGAGUUAAUUCGAGCAGGGAAUCCUCAUAAGGCUUGUUCUGACAGUAAAAGUAAAGUUUGAAAAACUC